AUGGCUUCCCGACCAACUGUCACCAUCUUGUCCGCUGACGGAUCUGCCAGCGGAUCGACCCACCCUCUCCCAAAGGUCUUUACCGCGCCAAUCCGACCCGAUAUCGUCCAAACUGUCCACACCGGCGUCGCAAAGAACAAGCGUCAACCGUAUGCCGUGAGCGAGAAGGCUGGUCACCAAACCUCUGCCGAAUCAUGGGGAACUGGUCGUGCUGUUGCACGUAUUCCUCGUGUUUCUGGAGGAGGAACUCACCGUGCCGGUCAAGCAGCUUUCGGUAACAUGUGCAGAUCUGGUCGUAUGUUCGCUCCUACAAAGGUCUGGAGGAAAUGGCACCAGAAGAUCAAUCUUGGCCAAAAGCGAUUCGCAACCGUUUCUGCCUUGGCUGCUUCUUCCGUUCCAGCUCUCCUCCUCGCCCGUGGUCACCAAGUCUCCCAGGUUCCAGAAGUUCCGUUGGUUAUCAAUUCUGAGGUCUUCAAGGGUAUCGUUAAGACUUCCGCCGCGACUGGUCUCUUGAAGUCUGUUGGUGCUUCCCCAGAUGUUGAGAAGGUCAAGAACUCCCGCAAGCUCCGUUCUGGCAAGGGUAAACUCCGUGGUCGUCGUCACAGACAGCGUCGCGGUCCUCUAGUCGUCUACGACCCGGAGGUUGACGGAAAAGAUCUCUCUCUUGCUUUCCGCAACAUCUCCGGUGUCGAGACUUCUUCCGUUUUCGCUCUUAACCUCCUUCAACUCGCACCAGGUGGACAUCUCGGACGUUUCAUCAUCUGGACGUCCGCUGCAUUCAAGGCCCUCGACACAAUCUACGGCUCCACCACCACCCCAUCCGCCCUCAAGAAAGACUUCCUCCUCCCAUCAAAUGUCGUUCAACAAGCCGAUAUUGGUCGUCUUAUUAACUCUUCCGAAAUCCAGAGUGUUAUUCGAGCUGCCAAGGGUGGAUCUACCACCAAGCGUGCUGGUGUACAGAAGAAGAACCCACUUCACAACAAACAGGUUCUCCUCAGACUCAACCCAUAUGCCGCAGGAUACAGCAAGGAGAAGAUUGGAACCAAGGGGCUGGAUGCUGGCAAGCCACAGCGCGCUUCAAAGACUCAGUUCGCUGAGGUUCUCAAGGAGGAUUAG